CUGCCUUGCAAGUGAAGGAAGGAGUGGCUUUGCGAUCUGUCAAGUUAAAUGAUUUCUCGUGAAAAUUAAUGACUCGUUGCAUCAAUUAAGUUAUUCGCGUGUGCUUAGUACUGAUAACUCAUUGUGUAGUAGUUCUAUUAUAUGAAGAAAAUGUCGUCUUCGGAUGAUUUUGGAUACCCGUUGCGUAAAUUUAAGCUUGUCUUUCUCGGUGAACAGAGCGUUGGAAAAACUUCGCUUAUCACACGGUUUAUGUAUGACAGCUUUGACAACACGUAUCAGGCUACAAUAGGUAUAGAUUUUUUAAGCAAAACUAUGUAUCUGGAGGAUAGAACUGUAAGAUUACAGCUAUGGGACACUGCUGGACAAGAACGGUUUAGAUCUUUGAUACCUAGUUAUAUCAGAGACUCUACAGUUGCAGUUGUGGUAUAUGAUAUUACUAAUGCAAACUCAUUUCAUCAAACAUCAAAAUGGAUUGAUGAUGUACGGACUGAAAGGGGCAGUGAUGUAGUUAUUAUGCUAGUGGGUAAUAAAACAGACUUGGGUGAUAAAAGACAAGUCUCAAUGGAAGAGGGUGAACGAAAAGCUAAAGAAUUAAAUGUAAUGUUUAUUGAAACUAGUGCUAAAGCUGGAUAUAAUGUGAAACAGCUGUUUAGAAGAAUAGCAGCAGCUUUACCAGGCAUGGAUUCCACUGAAAAUAAGCCACCUGAAGACACUGUCGAUUUGCAGAACCAAUCACCAAUGCAGAACGGCUCCGAGUCGGAGGGAGAGAGCGGCUGCAUUUGCUAGGGAGGUGGUUUAUCAGUGUGCAGCUAAUUAAUGCUAACUCCUUGAGACAUUCUGAUUACGAACCAAAACAAUGAGAAACGAAAGAAAAAAGAAAAAAAGAAAGAAAGAAAAGAAAAAGCAAAAAUCAUCACACGUACUUAUUAAACAAGAUGCUGGCUUCUUCUGAUGUCUACAUCGUGGCCCAUAAGUUAACGCGCGACGAAGGCACAAAUAAAGAAAAAAGAACAAAAAAACGUUUCAUUCAACACAUAUACACUCGCAUACAUAACAUACACAACGUACACCGUUCUUACCGAUUACUUCUAACGCCCCUCCGCCGCCACCCCCUAAAUUAUUUCGAAUAAGUCGUUUCG